UAUGGCGGCCAUGGCUACUGAUGAAGGCGAAAUUGUUUGCUUGAAGUUUUAGCUAAUUGUUGACCUUAGAAUGUUGAAAAGAAGAUCUCAGUCAACGGAAAUAACACCUCUUGUUAACAGUGCCGUCGAGAAACUUCAAGAGCUCGGGCACCAUGUUAAGACCAGAAGAGAAAGCGGAGAACCUGUGGAUACUUCUGGAGUGGAUGUGGUCGUUAAAGCCCUCAAAGAUCUGGAAGAAGAAAGAGUAAAACUCCAUGAACUGCUUGAAACAGAAACAAUUACAGCCAGUGUUCUCCGUUACAAACUAAAAUACUUUCCAAGUGAUAUCAAAUCAGAGAUACAAGAUGCUGUCUAUUCAGCCAGACAGUCAAAUGAAGCUGAAAUAAUGAGACUAAAGACUCAGCUGAAUACUAUCAUCACAAACAUCAAGUCCCUACAGGACAAACAUGAAGAACUUGUGAAGGAAAAUGCUAAACUUGAACCAGAGAGGAAUGACAUGCAAACUGGACAUGAUGAAAUCAUUGCACUUCUCAAUCAGAAGAUGGCUGAUAAAGCAAGUAAACAGAUUACUCUAAAUGAGACACGAGAUAAUCUGAGGGAAACGUAUAAAAGGAUAAUUGACCUAGAAGAUUCAAUUGUUCAGUUGAAAGAGGAUUUGGUUCAUGAACGAGAGGAAGCACGACUGGAAAAGGAAAAGCUCAAACAGUCAGUGGCUGACACUCUGAAGAAAGCAGAAGAGCAACGCAAGACAAAUAUUGAAAAGAGAAAUGAGAUUGACAAACUGCAAGAAGAGUUGGUGGACAGUGAAUCAGUUUUAGACUCUAAAAGAAAGAGUAUUAGAAAGUUUGAAACAUCGCGCAACAGGCUGGAGGCUCAAGAGGUGCAACUAAACAGACAUCUUCAGAAGGAAAUCAAAGAUAAUUCCAUAUUGACGCAAGAAGGGAUGAAAAUUGUCAAGGAACACAAUGAAAUGGCGGAAGGUUUAGAGGAGAGAAAGAAAUCAUUACAAGAUCAACUGGAAAUGAUUCAGAAUAAAGUGAAAGAGGCAGAAGAACAAGAUAAACAGCUGACAGUUGAAAAGAAAUCUCUUGAAAAUGGAUAUAAAAUUGCUAUGGAGCUUCAAGAAAAAGACGCUGAGGUAGUGCGACAUCAUGAAAGAGUCCUUGCCAGAUUGAAGGAAUCUUUGCAGUACCAAAAUCAUCGAUGUGCCAAGGUUAGAGCAGAGAACAUGGAACUAGAAGAAGAAAUAAACCAGCUUGAGGAAAGCCACAAGUAA